UUCCUUUUUGACAUCUAGUGUUCUAUCUAAAGCAUUACAAAAAUGGUGAAGUUGGCAAUUGGUAGCAUUGGUGACUCUUUAAGUGCCGGUUCGAUCAAGUCUUACUUAGCCGAAUUCAUUGCCACCCUUCUCUUUGUAUUUGCGGGUGUCGGGUCAGCAAUUGCAUAUGGUAAGCUCACUACAGAUGCAGCACUAGAUCCGGCUGGUCUAGUCGCAAUAGCAAUAGCCCAUGCGCUAGCACUCUUCGUUGGGGUCUCCAUGGCAGCCAACAUCUCAGGUGGUCAUCUGAAUCCAGCUGUCACUUUUGGAUUGGCUAUUGGCGGUAAUAUCACCAUCAUAACCGGCCUAUUUUACUGGAUUGCCCAAUGUCUUGGUUCCAUUGUUGCCUGCUUUCUCCUCCAAUUUGUCACCGGUGGCUUAGCUGUCCCAACACAUGGAGUUGCAGAUGGCAUGAAUGGUGUUCAAGGAGUCGUGAUGGAGAUCAUCAUUACUUUUGCUCUAGUCUAUACAGUUUAUGCAACCGCAGUUGACCCUAAAAAGGGCUCACUCGGAACCAUUGCACCAAUGGCAAUUGGGUUCAUUGUUGGAGCCAACAUUUUGGCUGCCGGGCCUUUUAGUGGUGGAUCAAUGAAUCCAGCUCGAUCAUUUGGACCUGCUGUGGUUAGUGGAGACUUCUCCCAAAACUGGAUUUACUGGGUCGGCCCGUUGAUUGGUGGUGGGCUAGCUGGGUUAAUCUUUGGUGAUGUCUUCAUUGGAUCAUACCAGACUCUUCCGGCCUCUGAAGACUAUGCUUAGCAACUUUCUUUUCGGUAUGUGUUUCAUGAUUUUCGAGGGUGUAACAUCCUCAUUGUUUGAAGACAGACAGGUUCAUGAAUUACGGAGUGUGGAUAAUUUGUAACAUAGAUUAUUUACAAAACCUCGUGUAAUACUGAACAUGUACUUUGUUUACCUUUUUUUUUCUUUUGAACAAAUGUCAGUUUUUCUUCUUUUGAACAUAUGCCAUGCUUGCUUUUUU